GUCUUCUUGCCUUGUACCAGGCUUACAAGAAACCCCCUGGAUAUUUCUCAUCAGGAAUAACUUCAAUCGUCCAAUCCGAAAUACAAUUCAAAUCUCUCCGUGAAUCUUCCUCUUGGCCAUCCAUAUCCUGACUUUCAUCGUGGUGGUUUUCUUCCACGGCGGUUAUAGAUUCAUCAGCAAUUUUUGAUACCAAAAUAACUCACACACUACACUACAACUACACUACACUACACUACACUACAUUACAUUACAUUACACUACACUACAAUCAGCCGUGAAUGAUCUACCAUUAACAUCCCAGUGUUGAUCUCCUUCUUCCAGCCGCCAAUUCGAGAUCUCACCCUUAUAAAGAUUCAUAGGUAACCUUACACAUUCAUCUCUAUAAUUACCCAUAAAUCAGUCAACCUGGAUCCUACCGCUUUACCAGUGAGCUCUCCUGCUCAAUUUCACGACGCAGUAGAUUCGAUGGACGCCGAAAUCGCAUACGAUAAUCAGGGAGUCGACCCACCCCAAGACGAUGCUAUGGGCGGAAUGGAGGAGAGAGCACAUACGCCAACGCAUAACAGUCGACACUCUGCGUCUGCAUCUGCAGAUUUCCAAACCCCAUCACAAUAUCCACAAGAAUAUCCCGCGUCACCUCCACAAGAAGAACCUACAAAUGGUCGAUAUGCUACCCCUCCCACAACUUUUCCCGCGUCACUUUCGCGCCCGGCUUCAGGGCUGUCAGGUCACGGCAACUAUGGCAACGCAUACCAAGAACAAAAUUCACGGAGUUCAGGUGCGAGUACAGAUCAGCAACAGCAGCAACAACGGGGCUCGAAGAAUAGUGUCGUCAUCAAGGUCGGCAUGGUAGGGGAUGCUCAAAUUGGCAAAACCUCCUUAAUGGUCAAAUAUGUAGAAGGUAGUUGGGAUGAAGAUUACAUUCAGACAUUGGGUGUUAACUUCAUGGAGAAAACUAUAUCGAUACGCAAUACCGAGAUUACAUUUUCAAUAUGGGAUUUGGGAGGACAGAGAGAGUUCGUGAAUAUGCUACCGCUUGUUUGCAACGAUGCAGUGGCUAUAUUAUUCAUGUUUGAUUUGACGCGAAAGAGUACUUUGAAUAGCAUUAAGGAGUGGUAUAGGCAGGGGAGAGGUUUCAACAAGACGGCGAUUCCGUUCCUGGUCGGCACAAAAUACGAUCAUUUUGUGAACUUUCCAAGAGAGGACCAAGAGGAAAUCUCAAAUCAGGCUCGAAGAUUCGCAAAAGCUAUGCGCGCAAGUCUGAUUUUUAGUAGUACAAGCCAUAGCAUCAACGUUCAAAAGAUUUUCAAGAUUGUUCUCUCAAAAGCCUUCGACCUCAAAUGCACAAUUCCCGAAAUCGAAAAUGUUGGCGAACCUCUUCUCCUUUACCAAUCCGUCGGUUAAAUUACUGUCAUACAUAAUCUUACGAUUUGAAUCGAAUACCUUAUUUCUUUACGCCCCCGACAGUCUCUCCAUCAACCUCAAUCCUCGAGUUCGCGACCAUCACUCAUUUUCCUUCUACAUUGUGUAAACUUCACCUAAAAACUACUCACUACCCACUACCAACAACUCCCACACUUCCAAUCGAAAUGCACAAUGCAAAGGAGAAAAUACGAAACCUUCAACACAGGGAAGUCGAAGAAAUCUUCACACACCACAUCAUACCAGAUCAUUCUCGAAAUCUGGCAAUUUUUCACAUCUCAAACAAGGGGCAUUCAGGCAAGGCGCGCGGGGAAAUUGGAAGGAAAGGGGAAGAAAUUCUUGUAAUUUUAUCUCUCCUACUUUCUAUCAAGUCCAUACUUGUCUUAUCUUGAUCUGGCACUGCAUUCACUGCAUUGCCAGUCAUCUUCAUCAAAGAAGUAGAAGCAUAGUAUUCAUCGGUUUCAUAAACACAGACACAGACGGGCAGGCAUGCAGGCAGGAAGGGAGGCAAGAUAUCAAAUUUUUAAAUGUAAUAAGAAAAUCUUCGUGUUCAUGUUAAAAUGAAUCCAUCCAUACAGUUAGUAGCAAGUGAAGCAAGCAAUGCCUUGCAAAAUAUGUCUUUGGCGAGUGUUUUUGAGGUGACGGUCA